UGUUGUCCAACUGUCGGAGAUAUUCCCCGCGAGUAUUUUCGUUCGUAUCUAUCCGAGCUGUUCCGUGAUCGAUUCGAGGAUAUUCCCCAGCGAAGGAACGCAUAUGAUUCGCGAGAUACGUCGCACUGGCCACGACCGUUUCAGGGUCACUACCAGAACGCUGUCAACUCUGAGAUGUUAGAGGUCGGUCUAAGAGUGGUUCGAGGGCCAGACUGGAAGUGGGAUAACCAGGAUGGUGGAGAAGGACACGCAGGGACUGUUGUCGAGAUUGGCAAGCCUCCAGCCUUUGGGAGUUCUGCUUCCACUCCGAACCCUUCCGACAGGACGCCGAACAAGACUGUUAUCGUUCAAUGGGAUCAUGGAUCUAGGAGCAACUACAGAAUAGGGUACCAAGGAGCGUACGAUUUGCUUGUGUUCGACAAUGCAGCCACUGGAGUUAAACACGCGAACAUUAUCUGUGAUGGAUGCAAACGACACGGGAUAAUUGGUAUCAGAUGGAAGUGUGCGCAGUGUCCUGACUACGACCUGUGCACUCAGUGCUACAUGGCUGACGUGCACGAAUUGAGUCAUACUUUCCAAAGAUUUCAGACGGCCAAUUCUGUAGGGAUUCAGAUGUCUCCGAGAGAAGGCUGCACUAAGAUACCAUUAAAAGGAAUAUUUAUAGGAGCAAAGGUUGUACGUGGUCCAGAUUGGGAAUGGGGAAACCAAGACGGAGGACGAGGAAAAACUGGUAGAGUGAUGGACAUACGCGGUUGGGAUAACGGAAGCAGUCGUUCGGUGGCAACAGUAACGUGGUCCAAGGGCAGCUCGAACGUCUAUCGUCUCGGGUACAAGGGCUGCGUAGAUUUGUGUUACGUAGAAGAAGCAACAACCGGCUCGUACUACAAAGAGCAUCUUCCACUCGUUGGCCAACCGAUCAUCACCGUGUCUAACAACGGGAAUAACUCGACGCCAAGUUGGAGUGGUAUUUCUUCCAGUGGGUCUAGUCCGCGCCAAUCGACGUUCGUCGUCGGGCAUAAAAUAAAAGUAGCGGUUGACGUGGAAACGUUAAAGGAAAUGCAGGAGAGCCACGGCGGUUGGAACCCGCGAAUGGCCGACUAUAUAGGAAAAGUACGAUAUAAGAAAAAUCGCUGCCAUUUCGUUUAACACUUUCGCUGCGGACGAAAAUAAGUAGCCGUACGCUGAGAGCUGCAAUUAUGAUAUUUUUUUUUAACGAAAAAUUUCUUACAAAUGUUCUAAUAUGAUUAUUUUGAAAAACGUAUAUUUGUGGUAACAUAUUUUAUAUAUGAUACGAUUGCCGAACAAAAUAAAUGAAAACUGAAAAAUAAUAAAAACAACCAUAUAUUUUCAGUUGGACGCACAUGUGCGCCAUCCGCAGCGAAAGUGUUCACCUUCUGCGAUCCUAUGUCGAGGCAGGCUCGACGAUAACUGACUGAAAUCAGAAAAAUUGGGCUGCAAAGGGUUAAUAUACAGGGUGGAACGUUCGAGUGGGAAUAUCUUUGUUAUUUUUGGUUCUAUUGAAAAAAUCUAUGGGACAAAGUUACAGUGUUUCAAGGGCCGUGUGUAAUGGCGGGACCAUUCUUAAUCUCAAGGUCAUUUUGUGAAAAGAUUUCAAGGUCAUUGACGUUUUUUUCAUAAGGAUGGGAUAUUUUUAUUGUUGUAGUUUUGUAGCUGACGAAAAGACAAAUUCAAAGAUGUAUAAUACGUUGACCUUCGAAUGACCUUGAGAUGAGUUAUCCUUACGCGAUCAAUAAAAUUUGUAA